CAGAGGGGGCGUGUACCUCCGGAGUCGCUCUUUUCCACUCCAGCAGGGAACCCGUGCAGCCACCGAGAGAGACUCGCCAUGGCCUCUGCACUGAAUUGCACACCCUUCAUGUUGCGUUUUAUAUAUUUAUCGUUGCUGUUUACCGGCGUGUUUUGCGACGCCGAUGCAGAAGAAGAUGAACACGCCAAGCACACGUACACGGUGGACAUGUUCAACGAGGCGGUGCCCACUGCCCCCCACUUUGUCAUGUUUUACGCCCCGUGGUGCGGCCAUUGCCAGAAGUUACAGCCGACGUGGAAUGAGCUGGCAGAGAAGUACAACAACAUGGACGAGCCCCCGGCGUACGUGGUGAAAGUAGAUUGCGUCCCGGACACCAAGUUCUGCUCCAAUGAACACGGGAUCAGAGGUUACCCCACGCUGAAGUUGUAUAGGCCCGACCAAGAGGCAGUCAAGUACCAGGGGCCCAGAGAUCUGCAGUCUCUGGAGACCUGGAUGUUGAAGACGAUCCAGGAGGAGCCUUCAGAACCAGAGAGUGAACCGGAGCCUCCUAAAGCUCCAGAGCCCAAGCAGGGCCUGUAUGACCUGACCGCUCUCAACUUUAAGGCCCACAUAGCCAAAGGUGCCCACUUUGUUAAAUUCUUUGCCCCGUGGUGCGGUCACUGCAAAGCGAUGGCCCCCACCUGGGAACAGCUGGCCUCCACCUUUGAGCACUCUGAUGACGUCAAGAUAGCAAAGGUGGACUGCACACAGCAGUACGAGGCGUGCUCGGACAACGGUGUGCGUGGAUAUCCCACGCUGCUCUUCUUCUACAACGGACAGAAGACCGAACAGUUCAAAGGAAAAAGAGACCUGGACUCUUUCAAAGACUUUGUUGACAACCAAUUGAAGGCCGUCGUCGCUCAGGAGCAAGAUCAAGAACCAAAAGAGGAACCAAAAGCAAAUGAGAUCCCCGCUGAUGAGCCGGCCCAGGAGGCCGUGGAGUCUGGUGUUCUGGACCUCACAGAGAGCAACUUUGACGAGACGGUGGCAAAGGGCUUCACCUUCAUCAAAUUCUACGCUCCGUGGUGUGGCCACUGUAAGAACCUCGCUCCGACGUGGGAGGAUCUUUCCAACAAGGAGUUCUCCGGCCUUACUGACGUAAAGAUAGCCAAAGUUGACUGCACUGUUGAGCGCACGCUCUGCAACAAAUACUCUGUUCGAGGUUACCCCAGCUUGAUUCUCUUCCGGGCGGGGGAGCAGGGUGACGAGCAUCAUGGCGGGCGGGACCUGGAGAGCCUGCACAGCUUUGUGAUGAGGCAGGCGAGAGACGAGCUGUAGCCUGAACCCUCCACCGCUCCGCUCCACCACGCUCCAUAUCUGGCCUGUAGGACACCUCUUUCUCUCUCCUGCAGUAGCCAAACCUCCCUCUAUCGCUCUCAUCUCGGGUUCUCUUCAGAAAGGAGUCAGACAAUGACGCAAUGUUUCAGCACAGGUGGGGUAUUUUGGGGGGGGGUUGAAUACAUUUCAUUGCUGUUGCCCAACCUUUUAAUGAGAAAUGCUUUCUUAUUGGUUGGGCGUGACGAAAUAUGUCAGGAACCACUCUGCACGCACUGCUCAAUCACACCAGAAACAGUUUCUGCGGUUUAAAGUCUUCCGUAGCCAUUUGCCUUUUUUAAUUGCUACAUUUUUUUUACGUGGGAUCUGUUUAAAUCACAAGCCAUGCAUGUUCAGGUUCUGUCGCUUGAAAGUUUGUCACCCACAUGUGAAGUAGGGGGCACUUUCUAUCCACGCCAGCAGUGGCCUGUCUGCCUCGACUCUCGAGGAACCGCCCUGCAGCCCCAAAGAAGUAGUGAUGAAUGAAUCAUGAUCACAGAUCAGAUAAUGGCUCAUGGACAAGUUUAUUUUUUCCCCUAAUGAUGCCGAUGGUUAUCUUUUGGAAAGAGUAAUAUAAAUUAAGUAGACUUGGUAUGCUGAACAUCGCUGCUGUGCAGCUGACCCAUUUUCUGACUCCUGUGAUCUGUCAUCCAUCUCUGCUCCUCCAGGUUCUCGGGCCUGGACCAUUUUGCCAUUCGUAAACAUCUUUAGAGUGACUGCUGCUACUGUUUUCUUCAUUGCGUCUUCAAAUGUGUUCAUUUUGGGGUAUUUUUGGCCACAGCCAAAGAACUCGGGUGCAGUAAGUGGAGCAGGUAAAAGACUGUUGGGUCACUUGGUGUUGUAAGUGAAACACGCAGGUCCAGAUCUUUGCACUAGGAAUUCAGCUGGACGACACUGAACAUUUAUCCGUAAGUUCUUGUGAUCUUUUCAAGGGUAUAAGGUUUCAGUUAUUUUAGAACUUUACUUUACAUUGGACAUUUUUGUAAUGAUACUUGAGAGGGACUGAGGUUCCUGCAGCUCGGGGUCAGGUGGGCUGACCUGAUGAUGUCAUGAUCUAUUCUCAUCUUAGCGGUUGAACCAGCUGCCUCUUGAGUCCAUAGAACUACCUGACGUGCGUCUGUCACAAACCAGUGACAUUAUUUUCUUUUUCCCCCUUCGACUAAAACGGCAAUCCAACAGUUCCCCGCUCAAGAAAAUAUCUCUGGGACUGACUUCACCCACGUGUGAAGCAUGCUAAUGCGCUAAUGGAUGCCCUUUGACCGGAGGAGAGUGAGCUGCAGGAUGCAGGGCACCUUUUUAUUGUACAACCCGGGUACACAAACAGUCGGACACAGCAGUUUUUUUUACUCUAGGUUUUUAUGGAUAGCACAUGGUCUAAGGAACUCCAGUGACAGAAAUAUUUCCCCCCUAUGAGUCAUGGGCCGUGCUCUACCCAUGGGUUUUGUACAAAAAAAGUGAAUAAUGGCAAAUUGUAACAUGAGAUUUCAUAAUAAAAAAUUUCAAAAAUAA